AGGAUACGAAAUACUUUUCCUUCUUCCUUGAAGGCGCCUGCUACGUCCUGGGAUUUGACAUGCUCCAGGACAAAACCAAAGUAGACACUCACCUGCCGUGGCUUCAUGUCGCUCUAGAGUGCCUCUCCACCAUGUCUCCAACCAACGAGGCAUCCCCUUCUCAGACGCAGAUUCUCAUCAAGGCCAUCAACCGCAUCAUCUGCACAGUUGCCCCCUGCGCCAACUGUCCCUGCCGCAGAAUGGACACAGCCCUCGCCGAGACUCCUCAAUGCCCAACCGACCCAGCACUCCCGCUGGCCAACAACCUGAUGACGCCCUCCGAUACUUCUGUAUCUGCGUAUCCGCCAUCCGCACCGUCCAUGUCACUAAGCUACUAUGCGCCAACCGGCUCCCGAGAGUCUAUCCCGCCGAUUCUCUCUUCCUGUGCUGACGGCCACUCUUGCGUCAUGAAUCUUCCGGGAGCUCAGGAUCCGGAUUUUGACUGGAGGAUGAUUGACGUGGAGACGCUCAUGUCGAUUGAUCCGUUCGAAUUCAUCUUAAAUGCGAGGAUGAAUGAAGAAGGAGGGCAGGCAAUGAUGUGAAGCACCUCUGGCGUCUCUUUGUCUUCAUCUUUUUUUCGCCUUAGAUUGUUUUAUAUUCUGUUCACAGAUUGAAUUAUUGAGCAUUGAUACUCUAGUAAGAUUUUAUACGCGUUUAUGAGAGGGAAAGGCGCUUUUUUUCUUCUUUAUUUGGUUGGGGUGAAGGCAUGGAGCAUUUGCAUGAUUUAGUUUAACACUGUACCUGGUUAUUCAUUAUCCAGGAUGAGCCAGCCUCUCUUUCGGAAGCGAAUUGAUGUUUAUACAAAUUUGAAUUACAUAGCUAUACCAGCUCGAAGCAACAUUUAUACAAGGAUGGAU